AUGUCGACGCUCCCCUUCGACAACAGGCGCUGCCAGCGAAAGAACUCGCAAAGUUGGCGAAAGUCCCGGAUCGCUGCUCAAAGGUCCAGAAGACCGCUGUUCUUCAUCGUCGCCAGCAUCAUCUGCUUUGUUUUCUGGCAUCACUCUCAGUCGUCUUCAAUAUCACCGCGGCGGCAUACGUUUGUCCAGAGAGACCCCGAUCCACACACUUCGCCUGACCGGAGAUCUAUUCAAGAGGAGCCUGACUGGCUGAAACCGCAAGAACAGGUUAUCGACCCGGGAUUCCGGACCGAUGUCACCGCCGAAGAAAAUCCACAGGUGCAUAACAAUCCCUACGUUCAGGAUCACACCGGAGAGCAGCGUUUGCAGGAUAAUACUGUCGUCCGUCCACCCGCCAAUCGUGGGCAGCCUGGCAAAGACCUGCCCUCAGGCCCGGAGGUCCUCCUGAUUCCUGGGGAUGGGUCAGAAGAUGUUGCGCUGGCGCCCCAGUUCGUGGAAGUACCAACAGACCGCCUCCAAAAAGGGCCAGUAGCUGUCCCGGCGAAUCUCGAUCCUCAGACGGAGAAGGAGCCCCAUAUCUCGUCACCAGACCAGCCACCCAAAGAAAAAAUCAUUGAAUCAGAACCUGUCGACCAUCUUUCGUUGGAAGAAAAAGCAGACAACUUGCCCGAAAUCGUCCAUAUACCUUUCGAAGAUGCGGUCAAGGAUGAAGUCUUGCAGGGCUGGGAGGAUGACUGGGUCGCACACGCAUCAUAUGACGCGAAGAAAUGGGGGAAGUUGGCCGAGCCGAAGAUUGACUUUGUGUAUUUAUGGGUCAACGGCUCUGAGGAGGCUUUCCAGAAGACCAAACAUCCGUACGAGUUGAACUCCAUUCUGAACGACGAGGAAGGGAAAUGGAUCAGCUCGCACGGAGUCAACCGCUACCGGGACUGGGAUGAGUUACGGUACUCACUUCGAAGCCUUGAGCGUUAUGCAUCGAGCUUCCGCAACAAGAUCCAGAUUGUGGUGAACUCGGUGGAGGGAACUGAGGCAGGAAAACAAAUACCAAGUUGGUUGAAAGAUGACCCAGCCACGAAAGAGGUGGUUCAAGUGCUCGCACAAGAAGAGUUCUUCGACGCCGAAAAACACGCCUGCUUGCCAACCUUCAACUCUUUAACGAUUGAGAACCAGUUGUUCAACACACCAUCCGACACGGACUUUUUAUUUGCUCUGUCCGACGAUAUGCUGCUUGGCAAGGAGCAUACGGCCGCGGAUAUUUAUUCUCCUCUGUUCGGCUCUGUGAUGGGCUUCAAGACCAACUCCUACAGUGCCACCUCGCCCCCAACAGAAGUUGAUGCCCAUAGAUUCGGGGAGAAGCCCUUUCUCAUUUAUACUUCGUGGCUUCUCAAUCGACGGUUCGGCAUCCGCAAGCGGAAAGGGCAGGGUCAUUUCGGCCACUCCUUAUCUCGGAACAUUAUGCGUGAAGCGAUAUCCUCCUUCCCCGGACCGGAACUUCAGAGUGCUUGCAAACGUUUCCGUGGUGAGCCGGGAUUCCAGCUAUAUUCGUGGUAUGUGACUUUCCACUACCUCAUCGAACGGCAUCGGGAGGCCCUGUUAUGGAGUUACAUCAUGCUUCGAAGCGACGUGGACGGGGACGGCAACUUGUCGUGGGAAGAGCGGCAGACUGUCAUGCAAGAUCUUGAGGCCGGAAUGAAGAAUGAAGGUCGAACCACGUAUCGAAAACGAAACUACUACCACGUACCUCAGUUGUUACAAAAGGCCGGUCUCGCUCCGCCCAAGGUCAACACCGACAUCUUGUGGACUUCACUUGAUGGUCCGUCGGCUAUUCAAAACGCCGAUUGCAUCGAGUUCGAUCUCAACGAGUGCUUGGCCCCUGGGUUCUCGGUCUCCUCGACCGAUGCACGCACAAAGAAUCCUGUCUUCUCGACCGCCGUGAUUUUCGACCGGUUAGCCCGACAAGAGCCCAAAUGCGGUGACUGCUUGUUGAAGUUGAUUCUCAACAAAACACCCAAGGGGCUUGCACCUCUGUUACCGCGAGCUGGCACACAAGAUGCGCAGCGGGAACUGGUGAUCAAGGCUGUGAUGCGGUACCGGUACUCCAUCAUCAACCCGGAUGCCCUCUUCGUCAUGGUCACCGACGCGGAACAGGUUGACAGUACCCUCGUCAGUCGCUAUGUGCGAGGCAAGAAAGAACUGGCCGGCCAGUUGUGCUUGAACGACGAUGUGGCCACCAACGACCCUCAGGAGCUUGCAGACGUGAAGCAAGCCAUGACCGAGUUGUAUGAAGGAUUGUUUCCAGACCCGAGUCCUUUUGAAAAGUAA